AUGGGGGAACCUGCGGGAGGAAAGCGGCCGUGGGAACCUGCCACCAGGCCCUGCUCAGAUGGAGCAUCCCGGGGACCGGGAGCCGAACGUAGGUAUCGUGUCCGGCUGCUGCGCUUCGGGGCAUUUCUUCCCAAGCAGUUGGCGGCUGCUGAGCUGGACGCGAGCGGUGAGGCUGCUGCUGGAGGCGACAGGCUCAUCCAUGAUCGGGACCUGGCCUGGCUGCAGCAGGCAGAUGUGGUUGUGGCAGAAGUGACCCAGCCCUCUCUGGGGGUAGGCUAUGAGCUGGGCCGGGCAGUGGCCCUCCAUAAACCAGUGCUGUGCCUGUUUCGCCCACAGUCUGGCCGAGUGCUCUCAGCCAUGAUCCGGGGAGCAGCUGAUGGCUCCAGGUUCCUUGUGUGGGACUAUGAGGAAGCAGAGGUGGAGGCCCUGCUGGAUCGGUGCUUUGAGAUGGAUCCUCCUGAGCAGGUGGCUGCCUCUCCUGACCCAACUGCUUGA